AUGCACCCAGUGAGGAAGAUGAACCAUGACAGGACAACACCUUACUGGCUGGGGUUUGCCCAGCUUAAAGUGGGCGGUAGCUGUCCAGUGGAACUUGAUCAUUUCUCCCACCGUCAAAUGCAGCCCCUGGUGUCAAGCCCUAUGUCAAUCUGGGAAGCCUUGAAUUGCACUUUUCACUGUCAAUGGAAAGAAGAACCUCGGGAUCCCCUUCAGCCUUACAACACGAUCUAUGGAGUUUGUACAAGUGGUCUUCCCAACAUGUACCGUAUCUCUCAGCUCACAUCAACGCCAGUAGCAAGUUCUCCUGGACUGGAAAGAAAAUCAAGUGGGACUCUAUCACCCAGAUGUAUUUUCCCAAGCUAUGCUUGUACUUUUCUGGAUGGCGACACCCCAUUGGAAUGCUGCUCCAUAAAUCCCCUGACGGGUUCCCACUUUAUUUGCCGCCGAAGCCCCCGGCUCCUCACCAAUGGCUAUUACAUUUUAACAGAGGAUAGCUUUCUUUCUGAUGAAGAUGGCAACAUCACUCUGAGUCCCACUCAGACGAGCGUCGUAUACAAAGAGAAUUUGGUCAAAAUAUUCAGGAAAAAAAAGAAAAUCCGCCGUUCCCUCUCUGAGUUGUUCAAUCUCAGUGCAUCGAACCCUUGGCUUCGUCGAGGUGUAUUUAGUGAUAUGGAGUCUUCCCCAGGAGAAGAUGUAUGGAUUGAAGGAGCCAGUAACCUUGAGGAUGUUUAUCAAUUAUACAAGGAUGAUAAUCAAGGUCAUUCUGAAUUUUCUUCUGCAUCCAAACCAUGGCUGUCAGAAAAACAAACUCAAGAAUCUGCUGAAGUGUCAUCCUCCUUCAAUGUAGUCCUUCAGCAUUCUAAAGAGAAUCUUGUGCCUUCUCAGUCUCAGUUGAUUAUUCCAGAACAUUUCCAGGAGGGGAUUUUACAUCAUCCAAAGUUCAGUACAUUCCGAGAGGUCCUUUUUCCAGUGAUUGUGUUUGCAACAUGCUUAGUCAUUUCAGCAUGUACAAGAUGCUCUCUGGGAGGAUUAUUCACUGCUCUUUUGACAUUUGCACUGAUGUUCAUCAUAAUUUAUCUUGUCAAGUCACUGCUUCUCAGCCCUGCCAGCUCUUUCAAAACUGCUGACCAAGCAUGGACCUGCCACUGGACAGGCAAAGUCAAUUUUCCUCUCUGCAGUAUUGCUGCUCCUGAAGUUGGUUGGCAACAACUGCCAUGUGACCUUGUCCUCAUGUGGCCUCUCCAGAAUUUGCUUUCUAUCUUUUCCCAUCUCUUCUUGGCUGGCUCCACUUCCCAAUCCACAAAGGGCCAGAAGACAUUCUUAAGUACAAUAGAAGGACAAACCAAGCAGGUUUCUCUUGAGUCUUCUGGAGACCGAAUUGUUUACUGUCUCAGUUCCCCAACAUCCCUGAACCAAUUGGAGGGUACAUGGAUCUUCUUCUCUGCAAAAAUCCCCAGAGGCUUCCAGCUUCACAUUCACUUUGUUUGCUUUCAAGGAAUGAGCAAUCAGACUGAUUUGUAUUGUGCAACUGCAAUUAAGAACAUUCUGUUGUAAACCCAGGAAGCAUGGAGUUAAUCAGUCUUAACCUGGCUGAUCCAGAGGUUGCACAACCUCCCUUUCCAACUACAUAAAUACAUCUCAUUGGAAUCUCUCAAGAUUUCCCAUGC